AUGCCGCCGACAGAAUCAGGUGGGACUGGUUGCCAGGUAGGCUGGCCCUGCCAUGAGGGAAGGCCGGCAGCAGGGUCCACACGGGCAGCAGAUCCCCAGGCAGCUUUUUCUUCCCCGCUUGCUCCCAAAGCAGAUCUUCACUCCACUUCUUCCCUGGGAGGAAGGAGGGUUGCGGCUUCUCCUGCUGCCAGGUAAACAAGAAGAGCCGCUCUCACAGGAUUCGCACAGGGCCCGAGACCGCAGCCCACACUUGGCAGAGGUGCACCGACCCCGGCAGGUGGGUCAGUGUGGAGGCAGCAUGGCACAGUGGUUAGAGCGGGUAGCUCUGUGCCACGAGUUGGGGGUGAGUGAGACAGCGAGGUGCUGAGGCAGCCGGCUGGCUCCACCCUCCUGCGCACCUGGGAUUGGCGUAGGGCCAUGAAGAGGCGCUCCCAGCGCAUGUUGCUCACACAGCCGCCCACCGCCUCGAGCUGGUUUGUAAAAAAGGUUGACAACUCUGGGGUUUCCCCCCUAAAAACCGGGGAGGCUUGCUGGGCAGAUCUUUGCACCCCAGCACUGCAUAUGGUUAAGACAGCCCUGCCUGCUAUAACCCUUUCUGUUUAGUUAAGCCUACCUAGACACAUAAUUUUAUUAUGUAGAGUUGUUUUUAAAACUGUUGAUUUAAUUUUCAUUUGGAUAAUUUUGUAUUUUAUACUAUACCAUACACUUAGAGAUUUUUAUUUAAGCCCUGUAUAAACCUCGCUAAAUAAACAUUCUGGAGAGUCAUAUGUUUCCUGGCCCCUUUUACAGGGAUUUCAACUAGAUAAUAUAUGUGAAGUGAUUGGAAAGCUUGAAACUGAUGCAUAAAUGUGAAGUAUUAUUAACAACCUCCACUCCUCCCAUCAAAAAAAGGGGCAAAGACUGUUAUCCUUAGUAACCUGGAAAUACAGUGGUACGUCGGGUUAAGUACUUAAUUCGUUCCGGAGGUCCGUUCUUAACCUGAAGCACCACUUGAGAGACCUGAGAGAAAGCUAAUGGGGCCUCCCGCUGCUGCCGCGCCGCCGGAGCAUGAUUUCUGUUCUCAUCCUGAAGCAAAGUUCUUAACCCGAGGUACUAUUUCUGGGUUAGCAGAGUCUGUAACCUGAAGUGUAUGUAACCCGAAGCGUAUGUAACCCGAGGUACCACUGUAAAUGGUCAAGUGGACAUACGGAGGUGAACAAUGACCAGCACUCAGCUACCCUCUCAGCCUAUCCUUAUGGCCACAUUUCCACACACAUUACCCACAUUUCCUAGUCGUAAACAACGCUUAAUAAUUUAAACAUCAAACUUGAGCUAUACAGCGGAGAGAGGUGUGUCUUUUUCUAAAAUAUACCUCCUCCGCUCCACUUCAAUCUUUACACAGCAAAGCUAUUUAUUAACCAGAGACCUUGUUACUAUAAUAUCCCACAUAUAAACAUUAACCAAAGAGGCAAUGGGUCUACAGUACUAACUCCUGACCUUUCAGAUGGAACAGGUUGGCAGAAAGCCACCACCUGCCUGGUGGGUCAGCUUAGCACUCCACACACAAAGUAGCCAAUCAAUUAGAUCAUUUGCAAAUUUUCUCAAAUGCCUUAUCAGAUGCUUCAGGUCACUGGUCCUCCUAGCCCAAUUACUAUAUUGUCUUUGUCAGCAAUUCCCAAACUUGUGAGAGAAAGCAAGUAUGUCCUGGUGAUCAGUGGUGAUGAAAGCUAGGUAAUGUGGGACUCUCAUCUUAACGGCCUUAGCAAGUCUUGGAUAGCUCCACAGACCACUUCACCUGUGGAGCAUACAAUUAACACCCCACUCUUCUCUGAAACCCUUCCUUUCCAUGGCCAUGCCAUUCGGCAAUGGCUUCUGCGUUCUAGAUAUAUUAGAGCAAAUGAACAAACAAUAUAGUAAUGACUUAUACAUAUAUCAACAGUGAGCACAGGCACUUAACCCACUUAAGUCGUAGCACCACCAUAGCUAUAGGAAGAAAAUGUGGCAUUUACUUCUGCCCUGAUCCUAAAGGCAUUUACUUGGGAAUAAGCAUUAUUUUGUAAUAAAAAGGUAAAGGGACCACUGACCAUUAGGUCCAGUCGUGGCCGACUCUGGGGUUGCGGUGCUCAUCUCACUUUAUUGGCCGAGGGAGCUGGCGUACAGCUUCCGGGUCAUGUGGCCAGCAUGACUAAGCCGCUUCUGGCAAACCAGAGCAGCACACGGAAACGCCAUUUACCUUCUCGCCGGAGCGGUACUUAUUUAUCUACUUGCACUUUGACGUGCUUUCGAACUGCUAGGUUGGCAGGAGCAGGGACUGAGCAACGGGAGCUCAUCCGGUCGCGGGGAUUCGAACUGCCAACCUCCUGAUCAGUAAGUCCUAGGCUCUGUGGUUUAACCACAGCGCCACGUGUCUCUUAUUUUAUAGUAGAAGGGGGAUAAUGUAGUUUUAAAAGGAAGACAUCAUAAAAUUUACUUUGGUUACCACAUACAUGUCUGGCCGGCUGCCCCAUAGCUCUAAACUGUUUUUAAUAAUAUGAAGAAUGAAUGGAUUAUGUAGCAGCUAGCAUCACUUAAGGUACUGACACCAGGCAUACUUGUUACCGCUCCCUUCACCUGCCACUUUGAGUCAUGGCAGCACGCAUGGGCGUAGCCAGAAAACAAGAGAAAUACUUAACUGACCAAUCACAUCAGUUUUGCCCCUCCUUUCAAAAAAGUCCUGCCCCCUUAACAAAAAUCCUGACUGUUCUGCUUCGCUGCCAAUGGUGAAAUGUGAAGGUGCUUUGCUGCAUGCCUGCCACCUGCUCCGCUUGCCACCCCUGCUGAAGCCUUGCUUACCAGGGUUGUGAGGCCAUAGUUUCCAGGUUCUGGCAAGAUCUCGUGGGGCUCUUAUGCAAUCUUACAGGGUGUUGUGCAUUUUCUCCUGAACCUGGAGGCUGCUGCAGCUGCUUCUUGUUGCUUCUCCCAUAGCAGCAGCAUUGGGGACACACCCACAGAGACGCCCCUUGGAUUUUGUUGCCUGAGGCAGCUGCCUUAGUCUGCCUCAUGAACAGGCCGACCCUGCUCUGGGUGCUUGGGUGAGGGAGGCUCCAAAGUCCAGUCCUAGCUGUACCACUUAUUAAUUAAAGUUUUUUGCAGAUAAAGUCACUCAGAUUCAGGAAGAGGUAGACUCCACCAUGGGAGCAGGGCUGGGGCGGGAGAGUGCUAGACUCCUAUCUAGUCAAGUUGCGUGGGAUCAGUUCCAAUCUGUUACCUCUGAGGAUGUGGACAGGCUGCUUGGACGAGUAAAACCAACCACCUGUCUCCUUGAUCCUUGCCCAUCCUGGCUUAUAAAAGCUAGCCAGGGAGGGCUGGGCGAUGGGCUUCACAGGGUGGUGAAUGCUUCACUCUGUGAGGGAGCCUUCCCAGACCCGCUGAAAGAGGCGGUUAUCAAACCGCUUCUUUAAAAACCAUCUUUAGAUGUGGUCAAUAUAGCCAACUAUUGCCAAGUCUCAAAUAUUCCAUUCUUGGGCAAGGUGAUUGAGCGGGUGGUUGCUGAACAACUCCAGGCACGCCUGGAAGAAGCAGACCAUUUGGAUCCCUUCCAGUUGGGAUUCAGGCCUCAUCAUGGGACUGAAACUGCCUUGGUUGCACUGGUUGAUGAUCUCCGGCAGGCUAGGGACAAAGGUGAGCGCUGUUUCCUAGUUCUGCUGGAUCUCUCAGCAGCUUUUGACAUCUUCGACCAUAACAUCCUUCUGGACCAUCUAGAGAGGCUGGGAGCUGGGGGAGCUGUUAUAUAGUAGUUCCACUCCUUCCUCCUGGGCUGUGUUCAGAAAGUGGUGGUGGAGUUUUCAGACCCCUGGGUUCUCACUUGUGGGGUGCCUCAGGGUUCCGUCCUCUCCCCCAUGCUUUUCAACAUCUACGUGCAGCCGCUGGGAGAGAUCAUCAGGGGGUUUGGGCUGAGUGUUCAUCAGUAUGCGGAUGAUACCCAGCUCUAUAUCUCUUUCAAAUCAGAAAGAUUCCUGCAGCCAAUCCAAAGCAGUGCCAGUGUUGUGGAAGUCAGUCCCCGCACAGUGAGGCGUCUGCGGCUUCUUCUGAAGGAAAUGCUGCACCGGCUUAGCUCAGCGCGCGAGGACUGACCGAGUGGGCGGCAGGGUCCACGGGCUGGAUUUACGAGCCUGGUGGGCCUCAGUGUCUACAACAUGUUGUUUUAUGAGAACUUUGGCCUGUUCGUAUCCCAUGCUGAGUAGCAAACCUGGAGAGAAGCUCAGGGUUGAGAUUUUAGUUGUCACUGCCUGCUUCCAUGUGGAUUGGAAAUCAUCAUUCAUAGUUAGUGGGUCAAGUCCAAGGGGAAAUAAAGAUAGUCUGAGCCAGUAGUUGAGUAUGGUCACCCACACUCUAGCCUCGACCUGUCUCUAGUCUCAGGGUGGCAUUAGGGACACAUUUUGGGACUUGCACAAGUUCUAGGGGUGCAAAAAUGGAGAAGGGGCCCAGCUGGGCACCAUAGAGAAGUUGUGCUAUUGGUUUGGCUUCAAAUAAUUUGAGUGCUGCAGGUAUAUAGUAGCCAUCUCUUGUUUUAAGAAAUUUAAGGAUUGCAGAUGAGCUCCUCUGAGCAAUAUCAGCAACAUAACCCCCAUGGGCUUUCCUACUGCCAGCAGAAUGAAAAACUACCCCCAGAUAUUUGAAACAAGAGGCCUGCUCAAUCUUGUGGCCAUCUAUGCGCCAAGAGCAGCUCAUAGGCUGUUUGGCAAAUGCCAUGAUCUUAGUUUUCUGAUAGUUGAGUUCUAGCUGGUCCUCCUUGCAGUACUGUGUUAGUGCUCUCAGUGCUCUUUUGAACCCAAUAGGUGUUCUUGAGAGUAUUGCUGCAUCGUCUGCAUACAGCAGAACAGAGAUGUGUCUUGCAGCAAGCUUUGGGGAGUGAAAGUUCAUGUUGUGGAGAUGGCCCACCAUGGAAUUAAUGUAAGCCUUCACAAUCCACUUUUCAGUUCUCCAGAGGCACAUGUGUGAAUCAGGAUGUGCAUUCGAUGGUCUUAUUUGGCAGGGCUUUUAUUUAAAAAAUUCAUACACAUUCAUGAAUCACUCUACCUAGAGUGGCAAACAACCUUGGCCCCACACUUAUUGUAAAUGCUAUGAAGAUGACAGCUUAAAAAAUGAUUGUUAACUCUGCAAUCUUUCCAAGAGUUUGUGCUCAUUUUGUUUCCCUCCACUAUGUAGGAAGCAACAGAUGUUUUCAAUACGACAAUGGGGAAUGAUUUUAGUUCCUUCAAAUGUAAAACAAAUCACUUCAGGUAAUUUGCAAACUACUUCUAAAGAUGAAUUAAAUCUGUAAGUCAUUGCAGGUCAGCAUUUCUUUCUUCCUCACAUCAUUGGAAAAAAAUGUUCCAUUAGUUAUUGUAACAUGUAUAUCCAUGUUAGAUGGUUAUAUGCAUCAUUAGAUAAGUGAAUAAAGGAACAAUCUGUUAAUAUUUUUUAGGUAACAGUAUUAAAUUAAGAUACAGUGGUGCCUCGCAAGACGAAAUUAAUCCGUUCCGCGAGUGUCUUCGUCUAGCGGUUUUUUCGUCUUGCGAAGCAACCCUAUUAGCGGCUUAGUGCUAUUAGCGGUUUAGCGGCUAUUAAAGGCUUAGCGGCUUAGCUGCUAAAAGGCUAUUAGCGGCUUAGCGGCUUAGAAAAAGGGGGGGAAAGCGAAAAAAAAAUCUCAAGACUCGCAAUACAUUUUUGUCUUGCGAAGCAAGCCCAUAGGGAAAUUCGUCCUGCGAAGCAACUCAAAAACGGAAAACCCUUUCGUCUAGCGGGUUUUCCGUCUUGCGAGGCAUUCGUCUUGCGGGGCACCACUGUAUAAUUCAUUCCUUCAUGAGACCAAAAUUGAAUUUUGAUAUUUUCCCUGUCACCAAUGCAGAUUGCAAAAUCUCGAUUGGUUAGAAUGUGCACUUGAUUUACAGCACAGGGAGGAAGUUAAUAGUUGAUCUUUAUCAUUAGGAUGAUCUUCUUUCCUUGGCUAUCACUCAUAGCAGAGUAAGAUUUACUUCCAUGAAUAUGGUCUUAACGGUUUAUGGUGGUACAAGGAGGUCUCCAUGGCAGGGGUCAGCAAACUAAGGGCUGCGGGCCAGAUCAGGCCCAAUUGCCUUCAGGAUCAGGCCCACGGACUGUCUGUGGAUCGGCGUGGGGUUUCUGUUUGUUCAGGCGGUGCCAUCCCCCCCCCCACACCGUAGCAGCGCCUCCUCCCUCCCUCCUCCUGGCUUCUCCCUGCCCUGCCUAGAGGAGGAAGGGGGCUGGGCUGAGCUGGCUCAGCAUCAUUUUCAGCAGCCCCUCUCUGGAGCCAGCCCUUUCGCGCCCCCCUGCCCGGUGCCCCUGUGGGCCAGAGAGCAAAGCGGACGAGCUCCCUCUGCCUACUCACGAGAAGCAGCGGUGGCGGCAGCCCCUGGGUCUAGGGGGAGGACUAACUGCCCCCCUCGCCUCUUUUUCCAGCCCCCCCCCCGUGCCGCUUCUCUGGCCUGCCACAAGGUCUGAGGGGCAGUGGACUGGCCUGCGGCUAACAUUUUUGCCGACCUCUGCUCCCUGGUAUGAAGGCAGGGGUCAGCCUGGCACUCUGGCCCCUCAGGUGUGUGGGCAGAGGGCCUCUCCUCCUCAUCCCCUUCAGCUGCUCACUCCCACGUGCAGGUGCAAUCCGGGCUUGCCCUCCCAUGAGGCCAGGAGGUCCUAGGGGUACUUUUAGGAUGGGCUUUAACCAAGGUCUUUAGUGCACGCAGUCCCGGCCUUUCCCCGUGACUUGGCACUUUAGAAAUGCUCUGACAUAUUACAAACAUUUCAAGAAGAAGGGGGGGGGGGGAGAAGGGAGAGCAGCAGCAGCAGCAGCAGCAGCGCGAAAGCGCAGGAGGGAGGGAGGGGGGCGGGGGGGCCCUCUUUCUGGUCCCAACUUCAGGCCCGCGAGGAGAGUUCAGGGAGCUGCAGCGCCGGCCGGGCGAGUUGGCGGAGCUGCCCGGGCUCCUCUGCCUCCCGGUGGCUGGGCAGGUCUCUGCGCAGGCAAGGCUGGCCUCCCUCCCUGCCUCCCUCCCUCCGCCUCGGAGCCGCCCCUCUUCCCUCAGGCGGAGCUCAUUCCCGGGGAUUGGUUUCCAAUGACGCCAUCGCUUUUAUUUUUACACCGAUGACCUCAUCCCCGCGGCAGCGGCGGCAGCAGCAGCCUGCAAGUUGACUGACCAGCCAAACUCUUCUCUCCCCCCCUCCCUCCCCGUUUGUUUUGUUCCCCCCAGUCAGUUCUUCAACGUGUUGGCUCCCCCUUUCCUAUGAGCCGCGGCUUUGGAGAAAGCGACCGGGCGACGGGUUCCCCGGCUCCCCCCGAGGCAUCUUCAGUGAGGAAGAAAGAGCUCGCCGCGCUUCCUCCCUCGCCUUCCUGCCCUCUUUCUCUCAGCGGAGAGGGGGGUCCCGCUGCCCCCAGAGGAGGCUCCGAAGCGCCGCCUGGCAGAGUCAGAAGAGGCUGAGGGCAGCUGCCAGUUGAGAAAGAGGGGGAAAAGUAAGUCUUGGGGGGGAGGGCGGAGAGGAGAAGGGGGUUGGCGAGGAAGGGGGCGAAUGUUGUCCUGUGCACCCCCCCCAAUAUGCAGGUCUGGGGUCACUGCCUGGAAGCCACAUGGGUGGGAGUUCUAAAAAAUGUUUGGUGUGUCCCUCUCCCUCUAAAGAAAAUGGAAAAGAAAGAAAAGGUUCUCCCCCCCUGUUAAAGCACAGAAACAAUCCUGGAUUUCUUAGAAAUAUCUUCACUCCAUGUCUUCUGCAUUGCUGACUUGAGUUAAACGCCUGCUCUUCCUCCUUUAAAUGGUUCUGCUGUAAAAUAGUUUUAUUAUUUCACACACACACACACAGUUAUUUCAGAUGGGAUGAGAAACUACAUAUAUGCAAAGAUUUUGUGUGCUUCUGUGUGUGUGAGAAAGUUAUAUUCUUGCUACUAUUAGCAUUUUUUUUAUGCUCUCUCGUUCCUUUUCUGUUCCUUAUGUUCUCUGGUUGCUUUGGGGGUUGGUUUGUCCUUUAGGAUUUUUAUCUGUUGUCUGUAUGAAGUCCCCUCUCAUGGAAUCAAAGAGGAUCAGUGUGAGGCGCCGCUAAAAACAAAUAUUUAAAUGAAGUAUCUUAUAAGAUCUUUUUAAAAAUGAUCUUUUGUUUUUCAAAUAUCCAGGCACCUGUUCCUCUAGUUUUCAGUAUCAUGGCCUCAGGUUAUUCACAGAGGACAAAACAUGCAGACUUUUACGAUAUUAAAACUUUUACAUAGGAAAAUGGGGCAGAAGAAGGAAUGUGCCUCAGAAAUGUAGAAUUGUCUAGAGAUCAUGCUGGGUUAAAUGAUAGUUUAUUAAUCAUCUUAUAGUACAUAUUUGUGUAGAAGUAAAUUCUGUUGAGUUCAGUGGGAUUUAAGUAAGUGGGUACUCUAGGAUUGCAGCUUAGUCCACAGAGAGGUGGUGGACUCUCCUUCCUGGUAUGACUUGGUUGAAAUUCUUGCACUGCACCUGAUGCCUCUUCCAACUCCAGAGUUCUAUGAUUCUAGGAUGUCUGGAUAAUGUAUAAUGUAUACAAUUAGUGCUGCUUCCCUUUUCUCCCUGGCGGAACGGCUGUGCCUAAAUCAGCUGCUCUAAAGUCUCCUUAUCAGUAAAACUCUAUGCUGGAAGCUUCACCUGGUGAAUUUCUGCUUAUCAAAGGAUAGGGGGACCCUCCUCACAAACAUUCGUUAUUCUUGCUUCUAGUCUUUAUGAGGAAAUAUUAUGGUUUUGACUAAUUUAAAUAAAGUGCUACAUGUAUCUAGUUCCACUAAAGUACCAUCCCAGAGAGAUUGGAACACUUUUAAGAAAACUCUGUAUUGCAGUAAAAGAAACAAAGAGAAAUACUGUAGUUGGUGACUAACCUGUUGUUUUCUGUUCAGGUAUUAGCUGAUUUUAUUUUUAAUUUUGGUCACCCUCAUUUGGCUGAUAGUUUUAAAAAAAUUGUAGGGCCUUCUGCAAAAAUGUCAUUGGCAGAGAGAGAAAUAUCUUAGCUAGUUGAUAUUUUGCUGAGUAAGGUAUGUGCAGUAAUUCUGUUGCAGACAGUUCUGGCCCACAAGCAGAGGUUGUGUUUCACUUAUUAAUUUUAUGUAAAAAGAAAUAUAUUGAGCUGUUAAUUCUCAAUCCAUACAUAGUUGUCUGGAAACACAGUACAGUAGUUCUACAUUGGUGCGUUCAGGAUUGUAGCCAUUGCAAUACUUUACUUCCAUAAUACUUAGAAAUUAUACCAGUAGAUGAGUAACUUGUGAAUUGACAAUUUGGACAAAACAGGACUUGAGGAAAAUGAUCAUAUACUUGUUGAAGGCAACAAAGUUUUAAUGCUUACCUUAGUGCGGGAAUUGGUUUGUUUUUAAAUUGCAAAUAUGUACACCUGUUUGAAAUAGAUGUCUAAUUAAUAAAAUGUUGAUUUCAGAAAAGAUAAUCUGGCAGCACAAUAUAACCUACAUACAUGGCUGUCAUGAGUGAGAAUAAACAUCAACUUCUCCAUGCAACUUUAGGGCAUGCUCAUGUCUGCAGUGAUUGUGUGCAGGUUGGAACUGACUGUGUGAAGAGCGCUGACAUUAGGUGUGCAAGAAUCAGUUUAUUAAGGACCUUAGUUCUAUUAUCAAACUGCUCAUAUCAUCAAGACGUUUCUCCUGAAGUUCAGCUGGAGACUUCUUAAUUGUAACCCGAGCCCUUUAGAUCUUGUCUUGGGGCAAAAAGAACAAGUCUUUGCCCCCUUUUGUGGCAACCCUUCAGGUAUAGUAUUCCCCAUCAGUCUUCUCCAGGCGAAACAUAGUCAGUUUCUUUCAUCUUUCCUCCUAGGACUUGUUUCCAUACCAUUGAACAUUUCUGUUGUUUGCUUCUGAAUCCAUUCCAUAUUCAUAUACCUUUCUUAAAGUGUGGUGCUUGGAACUGGACACAGUACUCCAGAUGCAAUUGUGCUAAUGCAGAAUAAAGUGGAUAUUUUACACCCCAAAGCUUGGAAACUGUUCUAUUAAUACAGCUUAAAAUCACAUUAUCCUUUAUUGUAACUGUGCUGCACGGCUGAUUGUGAUUGACUACGAUCCCAAGUUCCUUUUCACAUGUAGCACUGCCAAGCCAGGUAUCUCCAAUCCUGCAUGUUUUAUUUUAGUUUUAGCCUAAAUGCAGAAUGUUGCAUUUCUCUCUCUUUUUAAGUUGGUUUCAUAGAAUCAUAGAAUUAUAGAGUUGGAAGGGAUCCGAAGGGUCAUCGAGUCCAACCCCCUGCAAUGCAGGAAUCUCAGCUAAAGCCUCCAUGACAGAUGGAGAACCAACCUCGGCUUAAAAACCUCCAAGGAAGGAGAGUCCACAACCUCCCAAGGAAGACUGUUCCUUUGUUGAACAGCUCUUAUUAUCAGAAAGUUCUUCCUGAUGUUUAAUCAGAAUCUUCUUUCUUAAGAUUUCCUUUUCCUUUUUGUCUGUUUCAGGCCAGUCUCCUAUCAAAGUCAUUUUGAAUUUUAUUGCUGUAUUCUGAGGAGGUGUUAGAUGUUGCUCAGAGUUUUUGUCAUCUCUAAACUUGAUAAGGAUUUUCUCUACCCCAUCACCUAAAUAAUUGAAUGACAUCUUGAAAGGUUUUGGGCCCACAACAGAGCCUCCCCCCAUUUGAUGAGAAAUCAUAGAUGAGCACUCAUUGAGUAUUGUUUGUAUCACCAUCUAUACUAUAAACAGUUUGCUAACCAAAAUAUGUGCUGACAUCAAGAUGAUUUGAUCAAGAGCAUUCCUACAAUCCACCAAGAUUUUUAAAAAGGGAUAAAAUUUAUCUGGCAGGAUCUAUUCUUGACAAAUCCAUGCUGCUAAUCAAAACAUUGUUAAAACACUUAGAAAUUGACUCCUGUGCGCAUCUUUAUAACAAUAAUGCAGCCAGAAUAACUGCUGAGAGAGUCCUGCACAUUACCAGAAUACAUUGUGGAUGGAAAUUAUUCCAGAUAUUCCAAUCCAAAAUGAAAUGGUGUCAUUCAUGUUGCGCUUGUGCUUAUACUCUUCUCGAUACUUCUUCGCUCAUAUACUUUCAUCUUGGUUUUGCAAUGGUCAUUUGCUUGGGUGCUUGUAGCAAGUGAGAAUUGCAUCCAGGUGACAACAAAAAUUUAAAAAGAUUGUUAUGACAUGUUCAAACAAAUGGCUUAACGUUGAAGAGGUGUAGGCCAGCGGGUUCAUAAUUUUUCUGUGGUCUAUUAAUUGGCUAUUAACUUCUGUGAAUUUAUUUGCAAGGCAGGUUUCAGCCAAGUUUGUAGCACUCUGUCAGAACUGGCUUCAGGUUCCCAUGCUGAGUAACAUUUAUUUUCCAAAGAUUUGGUCAGUUCUGCAUGGUUAUAAGUGGUCAAUAUAAAAUAAAUAAAUAAAGGUACUGCAUUAUUCAAAUGUUAAGUAUGACUGUUUACCAAAGCAUUAUUUGAGCAAAAAUAUCUAUAUCUGUAGCUAGCUAUGCUCGCAUACCACACACAAACACUGAUUUUAUUUUAUUUUUAAAUAACUUUCCAAAUUAGCUGUUACCAAACAGUAACUAAUAGAUUGGAGUCAUUGUUGCUUUGACUUCUUUAAUCUGCUCUGUGAACUGAAGCUGUUGACAAGGCAAACAUCAUAUAGUACAGAUUCACAAUGAGUGUUUACUGUGCAGCAUGUGCUCCUUAAAGUGCGCACUGCAGCAGCACAUGAAUUGAUGGGAUCUCCCCUCCCCACACCCACCUCUAGAUCAUUUUGGUAAUCUGUUAAUCAAAUAUAUGAAUGUGGAUCUGGGGGCAGUAAAAAACACUACUCAAUAUUUUCUGUGGCUAGUUUAGAAUGUUGAAAGUGCUUCAUGACACAUGCCAGUAAUCCUUCUGGCAAUUCUGUAAUUUGGCCAUUAUUAUUGUCUUUAUAUGGCUGGUUAUAGAAUGAAUCUGAGAGAAAAGUGAAAUUUGAAAGCAUACUGGCCCCUGCUUAGCUUUGCAAAUGUAUAGAGUCCGUGGAUAUACAUCUAUCCUUCACACGCAUAUCCACCAGUGUCCCAGUGAGCGUGAAGCAAUUCUGACUCCUGCACGAAUUCCCUCUCUCAUCUUCUUGGCCCCAUAAGCCCCAUAAGAGCAGUAUAGUAGCACCCUCAGGCCGUCUGCUCUGAGUCUUCUCAGCUUCCAGUUUUGUUCAGGUCUAGCUUGGCUUUGUAAAUGUGAGACAACUCACCAUUUUUUCCUCACCUUUGUACCACCUCCUUCUGUUGUCAGUACUGCCCUCUUUCUCUUCUCUUCCCUUUUUCCUUCAGCCUGUAGCCCUGGUGCGGAUACUGCACCCUUUAAACCAUUGCUGUAUCUGUUUGUGUUUUCCUGUGAGCAUUGACCUUGUAAGCUGCAAGUAUCUUAGCUGUUGUUUCAGCAGCAGUCUGAGAUGAAUUCUUCCGCGUCAGAGGAGGAGGACAUGGCAGCCUUGGGCCAGGCAGCUGCUGGCACCACAGGCUGUUCUUGUGAAAGUGCCCAGUUGCCAGGGGGGCGUGUUGGCCAGUACUGCUACGCUGGCCUCUCCUCUGCUGCUUGCCAGACAGGGAUGGGGCGGAACAGGAAGGCGGCAAGGGCAGGAAUGCACCAGUUUGCUGGUAGGCGCAAGGGCAGGUGGCGUAGCUGGGGCUUUUCCCACCUGGGGCAGUCACUGAGUUUGCCUCCCCCUCACUGUUCCUCAUCUGGGAGCCCCACAGCCAGCAUGCCAAGCGUGGUCAAACAAAACCAGGCUUUCUUGCACCCGGGUCAAAGACUCUGUUUGGCCCCCACACCCACCUUCCAGCACACAUUUGCAUACACAACACGCACAUCUACACACCCCUCAACACAUUUGUUCUUAAAGCACAUUAAAAAGUAGAUCUCCUCAGAGACUAAAUGAUUAUUGGACAAAUCCAAAGAAGUAUUAUGACUGUAAAAGUCAAUUGUUUGUCAAAAGUAGAACUUCCAUGUGCAACAGUUAUAAUUAUAAUUAUAAUUAUUUAUACCCCACCCAUCUGGCUGGGUUUCCCCAGCCACUCUGGGUGGCUUCCAACAAAAUAUUAAAAAUACAAUAAAACAUCAGACAUUAAAAACUUCCCUAAACAGGGCUGCCUUCAGAUGUCUUCUAAAAGUCAGAUAGUUGUUUAUUUCCUUGAUGUCUGAUGGGAGGGCAUUCCACAGGGUGGGUGCCACUACCAAGAAGGCCCUCUGCAUGGUUCCCUGUAACCUCACAUCUCGCAGUGAGGGAACCGCCAGAAGGCCCUCAGAGCUGGACCUCAGUGUCUGGGCUGAACGAUGGGGAAGGAGACGCUCCUUCAGGUAUACUGGGCCGAGGCCAUUUUCAGAUUAUCUACCUGAGGUCUAUCUGAGUAAAUCCUGUUGGACUCAGUGGGACUUACUUCUGAGUAAUUAUGCUUAAGGUCACAGUAUACGACUGCACAAUCUUUACACACUUGCCUAGGAGUAGGCUUCAUUCAGUGGGACUUCUGCGUAGACAUGUAAAGACUUGCAGUAUAAAACUCUAAAGAAUAAUAUAAAAGACUAAACAAUAACAGAAUAAACACUCCACAAGUUUCCUUAAAAAAAUGCUGGCUGCUGAUCCACUGCAAUUAAAGAAUUUAAAGUGGAUUGGCUACAUUUUCCUUGAAAAUUAAAGGAAGGGAUGCCAGCAUCACAUUUCUUUCAUUGCAGGUAUUUUAUUUUCAGUAUAAACAAGACUCAGUUUUUGUAGCUGAUUGUUUGCAGCAGUGCCCUCAUUAUGUAUUCACAUGGUGUAAACAUGUAUGUGGACCUCUAUAUCCAAACACACACACACACACACACACACACACACACACACAUUAUAAGCAAGCAACAAGUGCUUAUCUUGUGAACUUGCCAUUUAAAUUAUUUAAUCAUGACAAAAGAUUCUGUUUCCAAAAAGGACAGGGGGUGGUGGUCUGAUCUCUUCACCACUUUUAAUUGAUCUCUGAGACAUUGAGGUGAAGAAAACAAGAAGAAAUGAUAUUUCAGGAGGUUGGCUGGGUUGUGUACACAUUACUGUUUACUCCAACUUUGCUUGGAGGGCAGCCUUCCCCCACCCCUUCCUCUCUCCAGGUUUUCUUUCCCUCACAGUUGCAAAACCAGAGAGAGCAGCAGCCCACCCUUCUGCUUCAAAGGAAAGAGUUAGUUGCCAGGUAAGAAGAGUGCCAGCACAGCGAAGGAGCCGUCCAGUGGCUCUCCCCCCCCCCACUCCACCGGCCAAGUGCCCCCUGGGGCAGCCCGCCCCAUCUGCCCCUCCCUAGCCCCUCCCUGUGCUCCUCACCACUGCCAGCCCAGUGUUCCCACACUCUUCCCACCUCCCUACCCCCUUCUACCCCAGUUCUUGCACCUCAUACUUUGUGUCUUCAACUGCUUCUACUUUCUUAGGUGCUUCUGGGGCUGGCUCAGAGUGCAAUUCCCUGUCCUUCUUUGUGCUCCAGUCUCAUCCCUGAAGAAAGGGCGUCUGACCUGUCAUCAUAAUACUGAGGGCAUUGACUUACGUAUCCAAGAUCCUACCUCAUGUCAGCCUGGUGUCUUUUGUGCUCUCAUUUCUUUUUUGGCAGGUCUUUCCCUACAAUCCCCAACAAAAAUGCCUCGGGUUUUUUAACAAAUGUUAAAUGGAACAUUUUCUUCAAUUCGUUGUAUAUCAUUUCCCAAAAAAAUUUAAUCACCUUACAAUCCCACCACAUAUGUUAAAAUGUCCCCUCCUUUUUCUUACACUUCCAACAUAUAUUUGAACGACUAUGAACAUUUAAAAACACAAGAAAAACCCUCUAAAACUGUUGUUGGAAGAAGAAGAAGAAGAAGGAAGGAAGGAAGGAAGGAAGGAAGGAAGGAAGGAGAGGCGACAGCAUGGUAGACAUUGUUUCAUUUAUAGCAUUUCUGCAUUGCCUUUUUAUCAGUGAUUAAUGGAAACAUCAGAGUCUGUGUAAGAACCAAGGCUUUACCCGAAGGGAAGGAAUCAGUUGGGCAGGAAAGCGAAAGACUCAUGACCCACAUGGCCACACAAGAUUUCACAAGGAAGCAGAGUUCAGCUCUGGGAAAUGUCCCUUUUUAAUGCUUCACAGAAACACUUGCCCACAGUGUUGCUCUUGGGCUUGAUUUAAGGACAAAAGUGCCUGCGACAUGUAAAUCUGUGCAACAAAGCAGUGGUUUUUUUCUCCUGUGGUGGCCCUGAAACGAUGGAAUCCUGACCCUCACGAAGUUCAUUUUAUCACUUGUUUCUUUUGGGAAGUAAAUAAAGACGUUCCUAUUUCUUACUUGAAUUUAUCUUAUUUCUGCUGCUGAUUUCUUAUGCUAGCUUUUGUGUUUUAAAUUGGCUUUUAUGUUUUUUGUGUAUUUCAAUUGAUGUUCUUACUUUGUAAACGGACUUUGAAAUUUUCUCGAAGUGUUGUUUAUCAGUGGCAUUGAGAGCAGACAUCUCCUUUCCUACUUCUGUCAAGUCAAACCAGCUCUGGGAGGGGCAGCUCAGAAGAAAGAAGGGGCGCUUGGCUUUUCAGCUGCUUUCCCUUCCCUACUUGGUUCCCGGGUGCAAAGCCUUGAUCUAUGGAUAGAGAAGCUUGGUGAGGUGCUCACACUUAUUAUGAAAGUAUCCUUCGCUGGGUGUGUGAAAAAUUAAAAUGUUAUUCAGGGAAGCUUCUGCUUCUAAUAGCAAUCAUUCCUGCUAUUAGUUUUCUUGGGUGGGGGUGGGUGGGCAAUGGAUGCAAUUGGCAACUGUUAGAACUCCCUAGUGGAGAUCUUUUUGGCUCUCUGUAUAUUACUUUUUCUUCAAUGACUGUAGCAGGUCCACGUUUUGGAAGAGGAGAAAAGAAUUUAGGCUGGAGGCUUGUGUGAGAGAGAACAGGGUUUGUCCUUUCCUUGUGCUCCAUUUGUGGUUUGCUACCGAGCCAAGAGUGACCUACUCAGAGUUGGCUCUGAAUAGACUGGCAGGCUUCCAUUUUGUGUCUCUGUGAAAUGCUCUUGUAGAUUUUUAAUAACUGAGGUGGGAUUUAAGAAGAAAGAGGGGAAGGAAUGAAAAUUGUAAUUAGUUUCCAGAGUAAAGAACUGCCCCCAGCCCUCCCAGUUUUGUUUUACUCAGCAACCAAGUUGUGGGGAGAGUGAUUUUCCUCCAAGAUGUCUUACCUCUGCCUUUGUUUUCUCUCUCACUCCUUUGGGCUUCCUCUUGAGCAUGGACCAGCUGAUGUUCACAGCCCAUUGGUAGGAUUAGGGUGUGAGUCACUUGAUGCAGUAAUUGCCAAAAUUGUCUGGCCACAGAUUUUGUCCAGUGGAGUUGCCAAAUUAGCUAGGCAAUAAGGCAUCAUUGGAAGUAGUCACUUCUAGUAUCAUCAAGCAUUAGAUUCUGCUGACUUUCACAAACAUUUAAAGUGUUUUAUGAAUAAAUUACAGAAAUAUAAAAAUAAAGUUAAAAUGCUUUUAUAUUAUGAACCACCCUGUCCAUAAGUACAGGUAAGUUGCAGCCGAGAACAACUCAAACAGCCAAUAUGACAUAAGUACUCUUCGGGCAGCUGGCUCUCCUUACCUGAUAAAGUACUCAGCACUCCUGCCCCAAAUACCGCUGCAACUUCUGGGGGUUUGUAGCCCAAACAGUGGAGGUAACAAUAUGCUGAAGGAAACGUUAUGGAUCUCUGACCCCAUGCAAUAACAGGGUCAUGUCUGGACAACCAGGUCAUCCCUAAGACUAGUUCUGAAGACAAAAGUUGGGAUGAACUGGGGAGUGAACAGCAAAGUGAAGAAGAACUGGAAGAGAGAGCUAACAGAUUCUCUCUCACUGGAAAGUGUCCAGCCUAUCCGCCCAAGGUCACGGAGAGCAGAUAAGGCAGCUACACAAAAAGCAUAUGGUUGCAAGAUCAGGUUGCAAGAGGCGGAAGUGACUAGGGAGGAAGUGGGUGGAAACCUUAAUUGGUCAUUCCGAGAAUGGCUGCUUUCUUCUUUUGCUGUGAUCAUUAAAGACUCUUUAAAUGGUAGGCGACGCUUUUUGCUUUGUCCUGCUUAUCUACGGCCAAAGGUGGGGUGAGAAAGCCAAGUCCCCAAAGUCUGACAGGUGCCUUAGAGCUUACUUAUAUUUAGCAAUCCAUUAUCUUACACAGCUGCAUGAAAAUGUAGCAUGUUAAAUGAAGCAUUACUUCCCACCCCCAGAGCUCAAAUAAGGUUAUUUGGGGGCUGUUUUGGCCCAGUUCUGUGUUCAGAUGAUCAUCUCAUUGACUAUAUACUUAACAUUUGCUGGUGGUUUCAUGUGUUGAUUGGCGUGUACAAGCAGGUCCUCACAGCUGCAACACAGCAGUUCUGUCUCAUCUCACACUGCCUCACCUCAGAUGCAACUUUCUUCACAAAGAGCACCUCUCAUGUGCUGUAUGCAAGAAGGGGCAACAUACAACUAAAGGGGUUGUGGAGUGUAGCUUCCCCUGCUACUGUAUAAGGUGAUGUGGCUUCCCCUAACACUGAUGUUAGAUGCCCAUACCUGAGCCAGGGAAAUCUACAUGCAUAGGUUUCUGUGGCUCUGAUGAUAUGGACUAGUGGUCAUCAGGAGCAGGGGAUGCUAAACAAGCUUGGAGGCAGGGCUGUUGAUGGAGCCCCAGCCCUUUAUAUCAUGUGAUAUCCUUCAGGUGUAUGACACAGGAAGGGGGAUAGGGUCUCUGAGCACUUCUACAUGUGACUUGUACACCCGAGCAAAGCUAGCUUCAGAAUAUUCCAGAACUUUUGCUGGGAAACCAUUGCUCACUUCCUCUUUCCCCCAAAGUGAAAAUCCGGCAUGAGUGCCCUGCUUGAAGAUUUGUUUCUAACUGCAGCAUUAACUAAGCAGAAUGACAGUCUAGCCCAGUGGUUCCCAAUUGGGGGUUUGCGGAAUGCACGCAGGGGGUCCGCGGCCCCAUCCCUUGCCUCCCCCCAAACUAUGCUUUGUCAUUUUUGCAUGGUAAUGUCAGGCUUCAGGGACUCGGCUUCCUCCCCCACCCUUUGGCAGUAGAUAAGCAGAACAAAGUGAAAGGAGUCUCUUAGCAGUUAGAAAUUUUAAUGAUCACAGCGAGAGAACAAAGAAUCCAUUCCUCGGAAUGAAGGUGCUCCCAAUUAAGGGUUCCACCCACUUCCCCACCCAGUACUUCCCAGCUUCUGCCUUCUGAACUAUGUCUCUCUGCAAACCACUAUUCCAAAUCUAUACUACUUCCCUGCUCCUGGGAAGAUUCAGGAUCCUGAUCAGGAGCAGGGGGAGGGGAAGGCUCCCACCAUUCCUCCUCAGUGCAGCCCUCCUCAGCACUGUACCUGACAAGUAAUAUCACAAAUUUUAUUGUCUGUUUUAGCGCUGUGUGAUUUUUCAAUAUGUUGGCCAAAAACGGUUUUGAAAUCACACCUUGAUAACGAUUUUGACCUGGUAAUAAGCAGCAAUAUAUCGCUCCUUGCUUGAGGGAGAGGAGGGCUGCCAAUUUCAAGGCACUGCCAAUAUCGCACAGUGAUCUCAGCCGAUCACACUGCUGAUCUGAGCUGCCUUCCUUCAUGCUGAGGGAGACCAGGGCAGUCAAUAGCGCUGCAGCCUUCCCUCACACUGACGGAGAACAGGGCACCGUGGCAUUACCUUCCCCUGACACUGAUGCCGAGAAGCUUUUCUCAGCAGGAUAACAGCAGGAGCCACAGUGGACAUGCAUCUCUGCUGGCUGCCACCACUGGCUUCCCCGCUGACAGAGACUUCAUGAACCCCCUGUCCCCCUCCCCUCCCCCUCAAACCAUGUGCUGGAGGUGACUCCGCUUGCUCUCCUUUCCCCAUCCAUCUGAUCUCCACAGCUGCUUUUUCCCUUAUCCCCCGCCUGAUCUGCACACACAAACACCCCUGCCCAAUCUCCGUGACUGCUCCUUCUAUCAUUCCCACUCCUGAUCUCCGAUUUCAGACAUUAUGUUAUAUUGGAAUAUUGCACUGUUUAGUUGCUGAUAUAUCACACUGUUGAAAACCAGAUAUUGCUAGUCUGUUUUCUAGUAUUCCCUAAUCUGUCGGACUCUGUUGCCACCAGUGGGGCCUGACUUCCUCUCCGGCUGGAAUCCUAGUACCUCUGAAGUCAACUGCAUGAGUCUUUUGGGCACCAAACCACCACUGGUGCAUAACAGCACAUAGGAGCCCAUUAAAGUGCCCAUUCCAUCAUCUCCAAACAUUGCUCCAAAGUUUAGUAACCUGUCUAUCCUCUUCCCAAGUCAGUUUUUGCAUUCAUUUCUCAGUCAUCAAGUGUACAAUAAUGUACAGUAGCCAAACAAUAUAUGAGCUUAUAUAAACCAUGCCUUGGAGACGAGCAGCAGAAUGCUGAAAUAUCCAUUUCAUGCUGUGCAAGUAUAAUGGUUUUGUAAUGCAUACCUAGUCACAUUUGCUUAAGAAACUGAUUAUGUUAAAACAGCAUUUUAGACUAGGCAACUCUAAACAGCUGAUCCUUUUGAGCAAUCCUUAGAUCUAAUCCUCUUUACUCGUAUGGUGGGAUUAUUCCCUAGAAAGUAGCCAAUUCAGAUAUGAGGAAAUGCCCAGUGAUUCUCUUAUCUGUAGUUUUUAUGGAGAAUUAAAUUCUGUUCUAAGCAAUGAGGAAGUUUUGGUCUCCUUUUUGUUAGGACUUUGCACCAGUAUAUCAGCUGCACCAGAGUUUAAUUAGCAAUACUAAUUAACUAUUUGUUAAUUAAAAAUAAAUAAAAUUUCCUUUCUGAUGAUUCAUAAUAAAUAGCAUUAUUAUGCUAGUUCUAGAAAGGUAGCUGUAUUUGACUGUCACUCUAAGUUUGCAGCGCUUUGAAGACUGGUAAAUUUAUCGUGGCAUGCGUUUUUAUUGGCUAGAGUGUGUUUUGCGUGUGUUAUAUAUCUGUCACAGUGUUAGAAAGAUCUCUGGACAAUCAACCCCUGAAAACAGGAAUCUUGGCUAGUUUUGCUAUAUUUAGAAUCGUUGCAGUUGUAACACUCAAAGGCCAAAGGGGCAUGAUUUUGCAUGUAUCCAGCAGUCUUGCUCGCCUGUCUGCAGUGGGCCUAAAACGUCAUACUCAGAUCUUCUCUGCUUCAAUUUCACUUUGCAUUUUGCUGACUAGUUAUGGAUUUUAACAGUUUACCUGUUGACCUUUGAAAACAGCUGAGCAGUUUUAUGGAAGCUUUGAUAGUGACCUUCCUAGCUGCUUUAAGACUAUGCUGCAUUAUGUCAAUAAACAUGACAGCCCUGUACAAAUACAGUAAAAUCUUCCAGGUCAAAUGUUCACCAUAACUGUUGUUGCUACAUUGAGGCCCACUCUAGAACAUUAAACUACUGGUCUAUAUUUUUCUUCAUUAGUAGUUCAGAGUAAUACUUGCUUUGGCCCAUAAUCCUUUGCUACGUGCUUGUUGGUUAUAUAUUAAUAUGUGUCUUUCUUCUGUUUGCAAUCUUUCCUCUUUCUGUAAUAAUUCUGGGAACUGAAUGUUGUAAGCUUAAUGAUGUAACUGUGACAUAACCUUGAGAUAAGUGGUGAUUUCAUUUGGCUAAUGAAAUAAAUCCUUGCCUUCACCUUUGGCUCCCAAAGUUGUUUUUCUGUCACCUCUUUCUUCUUAUUGCCACAUAAAUGAGUAAUUAACCAUCCCAAAUAAAUUUCUACAUUUUACAAUGAUGUGGUAAUUUCCUCCUGUCACUUGUCAUUAUAUGCAGAAAGGGAAAUUGCUGAGAAGCUUGUACUCUCUCUUAGAGUUAACGUAAAAACAUGAACUUCUCUGGGUGUCUGGAAUUUUCACAGUAUUUUUGCUCUGAGAUCUCUGUAUAACUCCUUACUUUACAGAUCAUUUUUAGCCAAUUCAUAUAUAAAGUUGUCAGAAUCUCACUGGGGACUUGGAUGGCUCUGUCCAAAUCCAGACCUAUAGUGUGUGUUCAAGUUCCUGGGCUCAGGAUGAGAUAGUGCCCUCACCACCUGGCCACCAGUUCUACAUACAGAGGCUAACUGUGUAUCAGCCCUGAUGAUGGAACACGGUCCUCCACUUCAGCUGAGGACAAUAGCCUAGUUUAGGGGAUACAGGACAGACCUUAUGGCACACACGGCUCUGUCCUAAGAAGAAUCCUGGUGGACCAGACCUAACGCCCUGCUUAGUCCAGCACUCUGUUUUCACAGUGGCCAAGCCAAUGCCUAUGGGAGGUCUCCAAGCAGGACUGAGUGGAACAGCAUUCCCACCUGAGAUCCCCGGCAACUGGUGUUCAGAGGUCUACUACCUCCAGCACAUCAGCUUCCUGGGGCAGUCUCCUCACUCUGUCUAAUGGCAAGGGCCAGACGAACCCAGCUUGUACUCGGCCCUGUUAAGCAAACAAAGCCCAAAAACCACAUUGCUGGAAGGCCUGGUCUCAGCACUUGGCAUGGCUGGGCAAAUGCCAGUGCCCCAGAGGACCCAGUGAGACUGACAGCAGAGUGUAAUAUUUCCCUUAGAACUGUCUUUAUUUAUUGUAGAACACCUGGUUUUGUAAGCACUUAGGUAAUAAUAUUAUUAUGCCACCACUUUUUGGUGGUUGUAUACCUGUUAGAACUUGAUCAUGCAGUGGCUCUUGAACUGGCAGCUUGUGUGGUGUCAGAUAGGGAUUCGGACAAUGACUGAGCCAAAUAUACCUUGGCUUUGCCACUGUUUGCAGGCUUCAGCUAGUGACCCCUUCUUGGACUGUUUUGCAGGGACCCUGUAAACAUUGUUGAAGUAUUUGCCCCACCUUUACCUGGUGCUGUUUUUAUUUCUUUUACUCACAAGACUCCAGAGUGAGGGCAGGAAGCUUUGCCCCUAUUCUGAGUUGGUUUCAUAACAAAGCCACGUAACCAAUGAGUUUUGAAUAUGAAGUCAAAUCAGACCAAGGGUCAGUGCUUUCUGCUCUCACUCUGAAGUCUCAUGGGUAAAAGAAAAGAAAAAGUCUUGUCCUUCGAGAAUCUGGAGUAUGGUUGUUGGCAUUCCCAAGACCACAGGCAGGAAGCAGAGGAGUGCAAAAGGUGAGUAAAGAGAACCUUUCAUAAAACAUCUCCAUCUAAGGACUCCUUUUUGAGCCCAAAAAGUCCAGCUAAGAAAUUCUGGCUCAGGCUGUGUGUGACACCAUUCAGCACUGACGAAAGGAGGCAAGUGUAGAGACAGACAAGAAUGCCUCUUUACAUCUGUAGGCCAGAGCAAACCAGGUGAUAUUUGUUUGUUGUGUUGACCAUAUUCACCCUAAAGUCCUAGGGUAGAAAUAACACAGUUAAAACAAAAAUGAGACAAUAUUAAAUUUCAUAAUAAUGCAGCAAUAAUAAAAUCCCAAGCCAAUGUACCUGACCUUUCCCCAAAAGUCUGAGGGAAAAGGUAGCGCUUCACUUAAGGGCAAAAUUCUGAUCAAACUAAUUCUGACCAUACUUGUUUGGUCAUUAUCAAGUAUACACUUCCAGAGUUGAUGCUAAAUACAUUACUUUUGGUAAAUGAGCCACCACAGCCACAGAAAUUUGCGUCCUGGGCUUUUAAAACUCGCCUACCAAUGAAACCAAAGGCACGCAUUUUUUCCCCAGCUCUCCUACCUCACUAAAGCAACAAAAAAUCCCUGUGCAAUGUCUUUUGACAGGAAGCCAAUGUGACUUUCUUAAAGUCAGUGUGGUGUGUCAGGUUAAAGGCACAAGGGAAUGAGAAGAGUUAAGAAAACUAAGCAGUGUUAAAUGGGGCAUGUUUAAACAUGAGGCUGACAUCACAGGACUGAAUGAACAAUGCACUGUCAACUGAAAAUUAAGCCAACCCACAUUUUUUCUUUCAAGUUUUGAAAACUAUGCUACAUAGAUAUAACAGUACCAUAUCAGUCCAACCACUUUAAAGUCCCUUUAUUUUAAACAGGUUCAAGCCGCACAUGACAUCUGCACAUCAAUAUAGUGUCUAGGAAGCUAUUCCUGUGCUCUGUGGAGCAGUUGCAGCAACUGGGGAUCACUCCUCCACCAGUUUAUGUACUUUUCCCUGACAGAGACUAUGCCUAUGUGGAAGCUGCCUCUGCUCUUCCCGCUUCAAUUCUCUACUGGUUCUGGGAAACAGUGGUGCAGGAGUGUGUGGGGAAGCACCCGGCCCUUCACAUGCCUUGCCCACUCUUCCUUCUCUUCCUCCCCACUGGCCACUACCUCCCUCUCCUGAGCCCAGCCCUCCUUUCCCCAGUGCAGUCCCUGAUAGCAUCUGGCUGGGAACUGUGAGAACAAAAUGCUGGACCAGAUGGGCCACUGGCCUGAUCCAAGUUCUUAUGUACUCUCUAAAGUUUUAUGGGGUGCACCUGGGAGGCGUAUAAAAUGAGGAAAUGAAAUUGAGUGCAAAAGCACCUAAAUGAUGCUGUGAAAUCAGCAGGGCUCUGUUGUAUUUCCCAUGACUUAAUGUGGAGCAGCCCUGGCCAGCAGCUCUUAACACAGAAACCACUUUGACAUUUGAAUGAACUAAUGUGGUUUAUUUACAAACUUAAGUGCAAGUGAGGUUAGUUAUGGAGGGAUGUGUGGUGACAGAAAUAGCCUUCAGCGGCUGCUGUUCAGAAAUGCCAUUCAGAUGCAAGUCUUGCAAACUUGGGAGCUGAUAACAGCAGAUAACAGAUCAUGCAGUAAAUGGUUCCUGGGUGGUAUUAUUUGAAUGUGGAGACAUGGGGUCACUGAGCCUGAAUGUUCCCUGGUUUUAGCAAAGUGGUAUUAAAAUGUUUACUUCAGGAAACCAUUCUGUUUGUUUGAUGAGGAAUUCUUGUGCGCUGCGGAAGAAUCUGACACCUGCAAAUCUGCAAACAUUUCACAGACGAAAACAGGGAGGCUCCUGUGCAUGAGAGUGUGGGGUAGAGGCAGCAUUUAGUGGAACAGCUGUGUAGCUUCUGGAUAAUGAUCGGGCAACACAAUAUAGAUUUCAUAAAUUGUGUCAUAAAUAUCAAAAGGGAACUAAAAGUGUGUGAAAGUAUAUGGAGUCAGGAAACACAGAAGAAAGUACUUUUUCGCACAGUGCAUAGUUGAACUGUGGAGUUUGUUCCCACACUAGGUAGUGAUGGCCAUCAACUGGGAUGACUUUAAAAGAGGAUUAGACAAAUUUACAAAGAAUAAAGCUAUCAAUGGCAAAUAGCCGUGAUAGCUGGGUGCGCCCCCCCCCAUUACCAGAGGCAGUACAGUGUGCCUCUAAUACAAGUUGGUAGCGGGAAUUGCAAGUGGGGAGGGCGCUGUUGUGCUCACCCACGGACAUGUAGCUGGUCACUGUGAGGACAAAGUGUUCAACUAGAUGGGCUGAUCCAGUAUUGCUCUUUGUAUGUUGUUGAAAGCAAUGAGACAAGCUACACAAAUUAAACACAUAUAACAUGCGUUUAAUUAUUAUGUGUGUUUACUAUGCAUACUAUGUGAUAUUCAUAACAUUUGGAAUUCUUACCUAAAAUUAAGAAGCAAGGCUUACAUAAUGAUGGUAUAUCUACCACACAGAUUAAAGCUCUAGCCCUCUUCUCUAUGGAAAUUAAGCAGGGACCUGUACCUCUGUUGUAAGCAAACUACAACUUGAGAACAUAUGGAUUUUUUGUCCACACAAUAUGCAGUUUAUUUCCCCUCCUCAAGCAGUUCUUCAUAAAACAUGCUGUUUGUACAACAACUGUCCCUUUCCCCUUUCUUGUUACAGGGAAAUUCUCCUUGUUUCCUGUUACGUUAUAUAAUUUGUGCCAAGACCUCAUCAGGAUUCAGUCUAGGAUCUGUGUUCAAUACCAGCCAUGGUCAAAGCCAAGGGUGGGGCAGGGGUCAUCUGUCCCCCCAUCAAUACAAAUCAAUACAGAUCUGAUCUUCUGCCCCUCCCAACGAAAGCCUGCCCCCCUAACAAAAAUCCUGGCUACGCCUAUGGUACUAGCACUGAAUCCUACAAUAUGGGGAAAAGAUCUAUGAGCAUGUAAGAACACAAGAAUUUCCUUCUUGUCCAAAGGUCCAUCUCGUCUUGCAUCCUACAAAAGGCAUCGGCCUGCCUUUGGAAGCCCUCAGGCAAGGAUUGAAGACAAUGACAAGUCAUUAGCAGAGUGCCUUUCCCUCAUUAUUGAACAACUGCAGUCUGCUGCAUUCAUACACAUUUAAAAUUUGCUAGCUGUUUGCGUCGGAGCAUGUACUUAGGCACUAUUUUUAUUAUAAGAACUGAGCCUUCAAUCUUUCACCCCACACUCCUCCUUUCUUCUUCUCUCCUACACAUCCAAAAAAGGGAGUCUUUUUAUUUUAAACUUAAUAGCACAGUCGAAUGAGGCAAUUCAUUCAUAUGUGUGUGUGUGUGUACCGGGGUGUGUGUGUGUGUUUUAUUAGAACAUGAGCAACCUCAUUCUUGCCAUUGCUCAGGAAUUAUAAGAAAUCAAAAUAUCGGUGCAGUUUUGAAAUCAGUGCACUUUUGCAUGCUUCAGUGUGCCAUCUUGAUUCCAAAUAGUUCCAGUUCUAUCUAAACAUAGAGAAAAACCUGCUUAAUUUCAGAAAUGACCUCACAAAUUUGGUAAAAUCAGUGCAGUUUUCCCCCUCCAAUCUUUAUUAUUUUAAAAAAUAUACAUUUAUGCAACAUUUAUAUAACACUCUCUGUUUUUGUUUGUAACAAAAAAGAAAAUGUUUUUCUUCUAAUAUUACUCAGUAUGUGGCCCCGUACACCCUCCAUGUUCUUUUUCUUAACUUCCAUUGCUUCUGUUGGCGAGGUCCACAGAGGUAUUUUUGGUUCCAAUAUUCCUUUAUAUUUUAUCCAGAUCUUAUAUAAUGAUUUCCUUAUUAGAGGAUUCAAUAAACCCCUGUGGACCUUCACCUUCUCAUAAAUUAGAUAGGCAUGCAACCCAUAUCGAUGAUCAUAUCCCUCCAAAUCCAACACAUCUGAAUCUCUUAAUGUUAUCCAGUCUUUGAGCCAUAGAAGACCGUGGCUGCGUGGUAUAGUUCUAAAUCAGGAAGUGCAAAGCCUCCUCUCUCUUUUUUAUCUGUUAAUAGUAUUUUAUUCUCAGUUUCUCCCCGUUCCAUAUAAAUCUCGCCAUAUCUCUUUUCCAUUCCUGAAUGGUUGCACUCUGGACUCUGAAUCAGUGCGGUUUUGGAAGGUCUAGUCUGCCAUAUUGACUCAAAAUGGUAUCCAGUUGUAGCCAAACAUAGAAAACCACCUGCUCCUUGAUUUUGGGAACCAUAGUGCAAAAUAUGGUUACAAUUAUCUUAAGAGGUGUCAAAGUCCAUGGUGAACAGGCAAGCGAUUUUCAAAAAUAAAUAGUAGACUAGGCUAUCUGUGUUUGAGACUCAAGAAGUUAUCCUCUCCCUCAAACUCCUUCUGCCCUUCAUUGCCCUUCCCCCUUCAAGUUUAAAUUGUUGCUCUUGGCAGCCUCGAUCAAGCAGAAAUCACCUGUAGUAAAAUUAUGUAAUCUGCAUGUAACUAAUACUUGUCUGUGGAAAGUGGAUGGGGAAGAAUUAGUAAAUGCAUUCAAUAUAUUUUGCCAGUUUUUUAAUCUCACAACUCAGAACCACAAAUUAUGUGAGAAUUACAGUUUUUUACAUGCUCAUGUUCUUGGGUAUCCAUUAUACAAAACUAUGUAUGCUGCUUUGCUAAGCAUUUAAACAGAUGCCCAUCCUGGUCUUAAGUUUAUAUACUGCACAAUGCAAAAAUAGAGGAAGACUGAAGACACAAACUUAGCUGUUCCAGUAUGUUUUGGAGACUAGAGGAACAGAGCUCUGAAAAAAUAGGGCAGUCCUGGGUGAAAUGGACUAAAAUAUGUGGCAUUUGGUUCAUACAGAGCUGUGAGCUUAUUAUUGUGCUCUUGAAUGAGUUCUAGACCACGUCCAAUGCUCUCAUGCAGCUGUAGAUGGCAAUAAAUGUUCAGCAGUAGAAAGACAAGCUGUCCUUUCAGCAAAGUGUUUUCGGUCAUUACUCAUCCUCUGACUGAGGACCCCUCUGAUUAGCUCAAAGGAAUCCAGUUUGAAAACCAAAUUUUAGAAUAUUGAAGUGUUGCUUUUAAAACAGUUACAGCAUUUACUUUUCCUACUGCUGCUACAAUAAUUUUAAUUUUUCCCUUGCUUGCUUUUGUUCCUAUAUUACAGCAGAAACUUUCACAAGGCAUUCACAAAGAAAUGAGGGGUGGGGAAAAUUAACUUCAAGUAAAAGGAGACUUGCUUACAAACAAUCAUAUGCAUACAUUAUGACCAGGGAAAUGUUUUUAAAAACAUUAAUUUUAAAAUAGCUUUUAAUAUUCUUUUAGUAGACAAAUUUUAGGGGGCAUGGACAGCCACAAAAAACUGUAGGCAUUGCAAUGGGGAUCCUAUGGAAGCAGUCAGCAAGAUAUGCAUAUAUAAAAAACAUAAAAUAUGUUGAGAAGAGGGAUCCCCAGGAGCCAUGGAACACUCUUCUAAAAAUGAUAAUUUGCGGAGGAACAAAAUAUAUUUGCGGGAGGAAGAUAAGCAGCCUCGAUUAUUGGACAAUAUCCAGCUGAAAUAAAACAUUUCAGAGGUCUGUUUCAUACACUUAUUGGGCUGUGAUCUUCUUCAUGUGGUAAAAAUUAUGAUGUAUUGUUAUACAGUGGUACCUCAGGUUACAUAUGCUUCAGGUUACAUACGCUUCAGGUUACAGACUCCGCUAACCCAGAAAUAGUACCUCGGGUUAAGAACUUUGCUUCAGGAUGAGAACAAAAAUUGUGCUCUGGAGCCACGGCGGGGGCAGGAGGCCCCAUUAGCUAAAGUGGUGCUUCAGGUUAAGAACAGUUUCAGGUUAAGUACGGAUCUCCAGAAUGAAUUAAGUACUUAACCUGAGGUACCACUGUACUGAUAGUGCCAACUGACUAGGGACUCAGCUAUACAGCUGCAAAUAAAACGUUUUAAAUGUGUUGUAAAGUGCAAUAAACAAAUGUGACACUAGAUGGCGGCAGUGAGCUAUGCAAAAUUCAAUGUACAGUCAAACCUCAGUUGUCAAACAUAAUCCAUUCCAGAAGCCCAUUUGGUUUCUGAAAUGUUCAACAACCAAGGCGCGGCUUCCAAUUGGCUGCAGGAGCUUCUUGCACUGAAGCAGAAGCCGUGUCGGACAUUCAGCUUCCGAGAAACGUUCAAAAACUGGAGCAUUUACAUCCGGGUUUUCAUUGUUCAGGAGCCGAAAUGUUCCAAAAUGGAGGCAUUCACGACUGUAUUUUUCAAAACGGUUUUUUAAAAAGCAUUUUCACAGGUUUUUUUACAUGCGUGUAGAUUCCAGUACAGUUUCCUCAAAGGAUGAUGUUUCAUGGACCCACCUGCUAACUUGAGACUGUUGCUCCACUUUUAUCAAGGUGUUCAUCGUUCAGAGAACAAGCAGGCAAAACUUGUUUUUAAUUGCCUGAUAGCGUCCUGUCAGAAUAUCAACAAAUGAUGUGGCAGCUGACCUCAUCUGUAUGAAGGUGGCUUUGCUCUGCUCAUAAAGAUUAUCUUGCAAACAUGGUAUUAGUUGUACUUUAGAUCAGUGGUUUUCAAAGGUUUCCUUGGAAGGAAUCCUCCUCAUAUUGACCUGUCUGACGAAGCACCCUGUCCGUCUGCUAAGGAGCCUUUCUCCUAGGGUGCAUAUGUGGUUGGCAGAAGGCGCUGCCUAUAUCUGUUGGACCUCUCUGUUGGCCUGAUUGAACUGGGAAUGUGAUUCUGGGACACACCCUGUACUCCACUGCAGCAGUGCAUUGUGGGAGAAGAUUGGUACAGUGAACAAAUGGCUUAUUCGUGGAAGCUCAUCCAUCGUUACUAAUCAUAUUCCAAAUAUUACUGAUCUUCUCGUGGAAGGGUGCUGUAGUUUCAAAACUACUAUUUAGGAAAAAGACCAAGGUUCUUUCACACAACUUUUUAAAAGUGCUUCCUUUGAUGUGUAUGUAUUAGAGGGAGAAAUACUACUCAAAGAGCACUUUGAUAGACUUGGAAGAAGAUAUUUGGGGAUAUAUUUUUAUACCAUCACCCUGCUCCCCAAAAGAAAGGCCUGUAACUGGCUUGGCUUUUAAAAAAAAUAUAUCUGUUUAAAAGUUUCUAAGUUGGUUAAUAAAAGGGGGGGGGGAGUAUCCAUUUAGAAAGUUCAUUACAUUUUUUCUGUUUUCCUUUUCUACUGGCCAGGCAUAAACUCUAGUCUUUAUCCACAUCCAAGCAGACUGUCUGGCUGCCUCAUUAACAGGUCUGAUCUUCUGCUCAUUGAAGCAAACAGAACGACUUCUAUUAGAAUUGUGGGUGGGUAGGUAAUGAGGUCCCCAAGAGUCUUUGAAAGUAGAAGCUCAUUCUGUUCCAAAGAGCAGGACAUGAAUUGUGCAGGAAGCCUCACUCCAUGGGUUUUGUUCUUUUCCCUACAUUUUGCUAAUUUUAGACAGUGGAUCUUUGUUGGGAAGAAGUUGCCACAUUCUCGAUGCUUUCACGACUGGCAAAAUACUCAUAAUUAUGACCUACGUGUUUCUGUGGAUGUAGUGAGUUUGUGUAUUGCAGAGAACCCUGGAGAGUGCAGUAUAUCUUUGCAGAUUCUAUAUAUAAACACACAUAAUUCCCUUCUCUUGAAUUCGUGUCAUUGGAGGUUGGAUGCAUGUCCUUGCAACAUAGGACAAAGAUUUGUGGUUCAGAAAUGCAUAAAUGGGGAUGUGACUAGUAUCCCAAGAUCUGUAUUUUCUUCGUUGCUCACUAUUUUUAUUGGCUGCUUAGGCAGAAGUCUGACUAUGCUUCUGUUGGUAAAUCAAAAUUGUUUGAAAAAUAGUAAUUCUUGAAUUAGUUACAGAUGGGAGUGGAAUUCAACAUAGUGAUAAGGUGGUUUCUGCUUGUGCAAUGAAACGUUCUGCAGCUCUCCUCCCCUUCAGGCCCCCCUAAAUCUGUUCUGGGUGUUCCCCCCUCCCUCCUCUGGAGCAGAUUUGGAGAAGGCACAGAGCAAGCAUGUGCAGAGAGUGAAAGUCCUAUCGUGCGAGUGGAAAUCCUUGCAGUGACAGAACUCAUUAGUUGAAAUACUGCCCAUAGUUUAGUUCAUCUUCGCCAAAUAAUAAUUUCUUUAAUUCAAGAAUUACCAACUGAUGGCACAUGGGCCAUAACUGAUACCCAGAACAAUUUUAUCUGGUUGCUAGGCCCCAUGUUUUGAUUGGUAUGGGAGAAAUCAUCUCCCCUGCUUACAUGAAAACUGUGUGAGCAAGGAUGCUUUUUCAGCUUGAAAGAACAAGAGCUAUUCAAUAUAUUUAAAUUGCAUAUCUCUUAAAAUGAAAUAAAUCUUACGAAACUGCAGUUUUGUUCAUUUAUUCAUCUACUGCAGUUUCAUAAGAGUAUAUAUUUAAAGUAGAUGAAUAAAUGAACAAAUAAAUUUGGAUAUUCAAAAUAUAUUAAAAAUAAAUUUAAGGAACCACAGAAAGAGGAAAGGAAGUCAAGUAUUGAACUGUUAAAAUGACUGUAAAAUUAUUGAAAUGUAUAAAUCUGAAAAUCAUAAGUAAAAUUUAAAAAGAAAGAAAGAAAGAAAUCUUUGCUAUGCUCCAACAGUGCCCAGUUUCUCUACUGACAAAGCUGUCUGCUAGCUGAUACCAUUAAUUUCAGACUGUUACAGACUCUCAUCACCUAUGAGGGGCUUGGUUUUUGUGCAGCAAAAGGUAUUUAUGGUCCCUGGAUCACUGGGGAAUAAAACACACCCUAAGGAAAUGACUGUUCUUAUUCCAGUCAACAUUUCAUUCCAGUUGGGUACAUUCAGCCUUUGAAUAGUUGAGGUUUCUUCCUCUGAGCUCAUUAGUUUGGCACAGCUCAGGGGAAAUGUAAAUCUGAUACACCUCUAACCAACUACAAUGGUAUAAUUAAAACAGGACCUGCACGUGUUGCAUAAUGAUGAUGUGCGUAAACCCAGUGCCCUCCCUGCGAGUAGAAAGCUAGCAAGUCAUGAAAGCUAGAUCCUUUCUUCUGGGUAAGCUCUAUGAUAUAUUUAGGUUUUUGUUUUUAGCAGUGAGGAGCAUUUAAAGAAAACCAGCAUCCUCCACCAGCUGUCUGUAGUGGUGAAGUCUCUACCACUUAGCAUGCUUUCAUCUCAUUCUUCUGCAUGCCUUACAGGCAGCAUCGUAUACAGUUUCGCCCCCACAAAGGACUUGCCACAGCAGCAGUGUUCUAGAUUCAGGUCUGGCUACUUUUCCUCACUGAAGGAAAAUCUUACAGCAGACCCUGGAAAAUUCUCAGACCAACUGCACUCUAGGGUUAGAAUUAGAACUUUGGUGGCAGACCUGGGUGAGAAAGCCAGGCCUCUGCUGAACUCCUAAAAAGCAGUGGGAGAAAAGACGAGGCCGUUUGGGGAGCAGACAGACUGGGUCGGUGAAGGAGUGCCUCUCUCUCUCUCCUGCCCAACUCUUCCCCCCUGUGCUCCACUCCCCUGCUCUUCCCUGGCACGUGUGUUGAGGAAAAAAGCAACUUCUCAGAACAUGAGAAAUGUAGGACUCACCUGCUACCUCUCCAUCUCCGAAACCAAAGGGUCUGUGUCCUUGGAGACCAAGGUUUCUGGAUCAAGGUCUCUGCACCAAACAUCUAGUUUUGCCCUUAGGUGGGGGAAUAAAUGAAGUAAUGGAAUCAAUUAUCAUGUAUGCAUUUAUUUUAAGAAAAGAAAAGAAAAAGGUGGUUGACAGCACAUGUGAGACUUUAUUGUGACAACAGGGAGAGUUAAGGGGGGGAUGGGAUUAUGGGUUGCAAACUCCCAGAGUCUGUCUUGUUUGUUUUGCUUUUCUUUCUGUCUGCCACUUGUCACCUCUUUCCAUGUCUCAACAGGCUCCUAG